CUGUUUGCGAGCAAUGGUAAAAAAAGUGCAGAGUAUAUAAUAUAUAAGAUUGUGAAAUCCACUUCCGCAAACAAAAAUGCAGAAAGUGCUGUUUUGCCGCCAACAGACGCACCUGGUGCGGACGUUAUUAAGACAUAAUUCCUCCUCAUCCGCGUCACCUGCGAAGUCAACAGGAGCGCCAAAAUUGGCCGCCACAUCCAAAGAAUUUCGUGAGCGUCAAGUGCGUUUCAAUAUCAAGAAUGAACAGACAGAGGGACGUCCCCUAUAUUUGGAUGCUCAAGCUACGACUCCGCUGGACCCACGUGUCCUAGAUGCCAUGUUGCCUUAUCUGACCAAUUACUAUGGUAAUCCACACUCGCGAACUCACGCCUAUGGCUGGGAGACAGAGCAGGCUGUGGAGAAGGCACGUGAACAGGUGGCUCGUCUGAUUGGAGCAGACCCCAAAGAGAUUAUAUUCACAUCGGGAGCCACAGAAUCAAAUAAUAUAUCCUGCAAAGGAGUGGCCCGUUUCUAUGGAACCAAAAAGAAGCAUGUCAUCACCACCCAGACGGAACACAAAUGUGUCUUGGACUCUUGCCGUGCUCUGGAGAACGAAGGCUUUCGUGUGACUUAUUUGCCAGUGCAGGCAAAUGGUUUAAUUGAUCUUAAGCAAUUGGAGUCGGCUCUAACACCAGACACAUCUUUGGUCUCGAUAAUGACAGUGAACAAUGAAAUUGGUGUGCAGCAACCCAUCCAAGAGAUUGGGCAACUGUGUCGUUCUCGAAAAGUAUUUUUCCACACAGAUGCCGCCCAAGCGGUGGGCAAAGUGCCCGUGGAUGUAAAUUCCAUGGAUAUUGAUCUGAUGUCCAUAUCGGGGCACAAGCUCUACGGUCCCAAGGGUGUGGGUGCUCUGUAUGUACGUCGACGCCCCCGUGUACGAUUGGAGCCCAUUCAGAGCGGUGGCGGCCAGGAGCGUGGUCUGCGUAGUGGCACUGUGCCGGCUCCCCUCGUGGUUGGCUUGGGAGCAGCAGCCGAAUUGGCUCAGCAGGAAAUGGAAUACGACAAGAAAUGGGUGGACUUCUUGUCUAAUCGCUUGCUCGAAAGAAUUACCGCAGUCUUGCCGCAUGUCAUCCGUAAUGGAGAUCCCAAAAGCACUUACAAUGGCUGUCUGAAUCUAUCUUUUGCUUAUGUGGAGGGUGAGUCCUUGCUAAUGGCCCUUAAGGAUGUCGCUCUAAGCAGCGGUUCGGCCUGCACUUCAGCAUCGUUGGAGCCUUCGUAUGUCCUGCGUGCCAUUGGUACCGAUGAAGAUUUAGCUCACAGCUCAAUCCGAUUCGGCAUUGGACGCUUUACGACCAUCGAAGAGGUGGACUAUACGGCUGACAAGUGUAUCAAACAUGUGGAACGAUUGCGCGAAAUGUCACCACUAUGGGAAAUGGUACAAGAGGGCAUUGACCUCAAGACCAUACAAUGGUCACAGCACUAAAAGUCGGUGGCAGCAGAUUAAAAAUUUCCAUUGAGUGGAUAUACUAGUUUAGACGUUACUGUUUCGAAGAAUAAAAGAUUAAUCUAAAUUCCUAAAA